UUAUUAUCUUUUCUAGUUUAUCUAGGAGGCCCUCAAUUAGUUUCCUUCUGCAUGCGCUAUUCCCUUUAGUCAACAACUUCAAGGGAUGCUCUACUUCUCUAUCUCUCUACAUAGAUUCUGAUUUUUGGAGAGAACGCGUAGAAAAAGAGUCAAACGAUGGAGAUUACCAAUGUUUCUGAGUAUCAGGCUAUUGCCAAGGAAAAGUUGCCAAAAAUGGUGUAUGAUUACUAUGCAUCUGGUGCAGAGGACCAGUGGACUCUGGCUGAGAACAGAAAUGCCUUUUCAAGAAUUCUGUUUAGGCCACGCAUUCUUAUUGAUGUUAGCAAGAUUGACAUGACCACCAGUGUCUUGGGUUUCAACAUUUCAAUGCCGAUGAUGAUCGCGCCAACUGCUAUGCAGAAAAUGGCUCAUCCUGACGGAGAAUAUGCAACAGCUAGAGCCGCAUCAGCUGCGGGAACAAUCAUGACUCUGUCAUCAUGGGCCACCUCAAGCGUUGAAGAAGUUGCUUCAACCGGACCUGGCAUUAGAUUCUUCCAGCUUUAUGUGUACAAAGAUCGGAAUGUUGUUGCACAGCUUGUGAGGAGGGCUGAAAGGGCAGGUUUCAAGGCUAUUGCGCUUACAGUGGAUACCCCUAGAUUGGGACGCAGAGAAGCUGAUAUUAAAAACAGAUUUACUUUGCCACCAUUUUUGACACUGAAGAAUUUUGAGGGAUUGGACCUUGGGAAGAUGGACAAAGCCGAUGACUCUGAAUUAGCUUCAUAUGUUGCUGGUCAAAUUGAUCGUUCUCUGAGUUGGAAGGAUGUGAAGUGGCUACAGACAAUUACUUCACUGCCAAUCCUGGUGAAGGGUGUACUCACUGCAGAGGAUACAAGGUUGGCUCUUGAGAACGGAGCAGCUGGUAUAAUUGUAUCCAAUCAUGGUGCUCGCCAGCUUGAUUAUGUCCCCGCCACUAUCAUGGCUCUGGAAGAGGUUGUGAAAGCUGCACAAGGCCGUGUACCAGUAUUCUUGGAUGGAGGGAUUCGCCGUGGAACAGAUGUCUUCAAGGCAUUGGCACUAGGAGCCUCUGGCAUUUUUAUUGGACGACCUGUGGUUUUCUCAUUGGCUGCUGAAGGAGAAGCUGGUGUUAGAAAAGUACUGCAGAUGUUGCGUGACGAAUUUGAGCUGACUAUGGCAUUGAGUGGUUGCCGUACCCUAAAGGAGAUCACUCGCAACCACAUUGUGACCGAGUGGGAUGCUCCUCAUGUACUUCCAGCUGCGAGGCUAUAGAAAUGUGUCUCAAAAUGUAAGCAGCAGCUACGGAAGACUAGCGUUGGAAUCAUCUGCUUCAUGGUUUCAUUAGCCUACUUAUUGUUUAAAAAAUAAAAAAAAAACAAAAAAAAAAACUCUCAUUUCUAAUUACAUGAGUUCACUAUAUAAUCGAAACUGAUAGCAUUGAAUCGCGAUGAGCACGAAGAUUUGUCGUAUAUGGCCUUCUCGCUUGCCUUAGUUGUAUUUGUUCUUGCAAAUUUCGAACUAUAGCCAGGAAAACCUUCAUCUUGAAAUGUUUCUUUACCUGAAGGAUUUAAAUGAGCCUUCAUCUUUGUUA